AUGACAGUGUCCUCAAUGUUACCUUUUAAUCACAAAAGGGAGAAGGAGCGGGAGCAACUGGCUUCCCUGAGGAAACACCACGAGGAGGAGAUCGACCAUCACAAGAAGGAGAUCGAGCGCCUGCAGAAAGAGAUCGAGCGCCACAAGCACAAGAUCAAGAAGCUGAAGGACGAUGACUAA